GCUCCGUGGAUUUUAGAGCCCGCCUUGUCCGCGGAAUGGAGUCGUUGGACUUGAUCCUUGUUGGGCUGGAUGGCCAGGAAGUGCGUUUGACUGUGGCCGAGGGGAUCUUCGGCCACGAGCUUGUCCGUCGGCUGGCGCGCGAGCUCGAGGAGCUCGGUGGAGCUCGGCUGGCGCGCUUGCUGGUGCACUUUGAUGGCGUGGAGUUGGACUAUGCGAGAACUUUGAAGGAGCAGGGCCUGCGCACGUCUUGCGGCAUGUACGCCUACAGUCGGACCUGCCUGCUACAGGCAUGGGAGGUGCUGCAACACGGGAAGCACGCACGUAUGGACGCCAAGGAUGCCAAGAUUCUGGAAGGCAUCACUCAGCUUACAUGGGGCCCCGAUGAGAUCGCGCUGAAGUCUUUGCCUGAGACACUGCGAAGCCUGACAUUCAGCGAUGAGUUCAAUCACUGCUUGCGGGACGCGACUUGGCCAAGCCUGCAGCGCCUGACUUUUGGCAGAUGUUUUCAGCAAAGCUUACAGGGUGUGGCGCUGCCGUGCGGCUUGCAGAGCUUGACAUUUGGCGCGCAGUUCAACUCCAGCCUGCAGGGGGUGACCUUUCCCAGCAGCUUGAAGAGCUUGACUUUUGCACAGGACUUCGACCAGAACUUGCAGGAAGUUGCUUUGCCAAACAGCCUUGAAAUCCUGGAAUUUGGCAUGCGGUUCAACCAAAGCUUUCUGGGAGUGACGCUGCCAGGCAGUCUGAAGAGCCUCACUUUUGGCUUUCAUUUCAACCAAAUCCUGCCAGCAGCUUGGCCAAGCAGCCUGCAGAGCCUGACUUUAGGCAAUGAUUUCAAUCAAGAACUGGCAGUACCAGACAGCCUGCAGAGGCUGACCUUCGGCGCAUUCUCCAACUGCAGCGUGCAGGAAGUGACGUGGCCAAGCGGCCUGCAGAGUUUGACCUUCGGGCAGGGCUUUAACCGAAGCCUGGAGGGCGUGCGUUUGCCGGGCAGCUUACAAAGCUUGACCUUUGGCCAUUGCUUCAACCAAAGUUUGCAUCACCUGACUUUGCCAGCCCUCCAGAGCCUGACGUUCAGAGGCCUUCUGGCGCAAAGCUUGAGUGGAGUGGCUUGGCCGAGACUACAAAGCCUGAGCUUCGGGCAAAGCAACUUCCCGUGCCUGGAGGGCGUGAAGUUGCCAGACCUGCAAAGCUUGCAGUACGGGCAUUGCUUUGGCAAAAGUUUGCUUCAAGUUCCUUUGCCCGACAGUCUGCAGAGCUUGUAUCUUGACUUCGAAGUGGAAGGCUUGGAGCACGUGACUUGGCCAACGAGCUUGCAGAGUCUGACCUUUGGCUUGGAGCAGGACCAAAGCUUGCAGGGUGUUCACUUGCCAGACAGUCUUCAAAGCCUGACGCUGAGAGGCGGUUUCAAUACAUCCCUGCAAGGAGUCACUUUGCCAGGCGCUCUACAGGCACUGACUCUCCCCCAUCAGUUCAACCAAAGCCUAGAGGGGUUGACUUGGCCAAGCACACUGAGCAGCCUGGCUUUUGGCGGUCGCUUCAACCAGAGCAUGGAGGCAGUAACUUUGCCCUUCGGGUUGCAGUGCCUGACGUUUGGCAUGGACUUUAACCAGCGCUUGGGGACAUUGCCAGACAGCCUCCGCAGCUUGACCUUUGGCAACGACUUCGACAGAAGUUUGGACGUGCCUUUACCACGCAGCCUGCAGACCCUGCGAUUUGGCUACGGCUUCAACCAAAGCUUACAUGGAGUGGCUUUGCCAGCCAAUCUCGAAAGCCUGAUUUUUGGAGAAUGCUUCAAUCAAAGCCUCCAAGGAGUCGUUUUGCCACGCACGUUGCAGAUCCUGACCUUUGGCUUUUACUUCGAUCACAGUUUGCAGGGUGUCACUUUGCCCAGCAACUUGCAGGUCCUCACUCUGGGCCAGUCCUACAAUCAAAGCUUGUGGAACCUUGAAUCCGUCAGCACGCUCCGCGCAAUACAUGGCGGAGGGGUCAGUGUGUCCUGCGAUUGACCUGCGCGCUCGCUGCGGCAGUACGCACAGACCCGGCCUCGUGAAAGUAUGUGUUGCGCGGCUCAACAUUUAAGAGCCAGGCGGCAGCGUGUUUUCUUGUUGAUUUACCAGGGUUGUGUUUGGUCUUUCUCCGUGUGAGUCGGAACAAGAAGACCCAAACCGGGCCAAACUUUGGCCCUAACUUUGGCUCAUUUGGGUCAGGCUGGACCUUUGCGACGCGCUCAAGAAAAGUGACGACAAAACAAUGUCGAGGUAGAAACACAGCCACGCAGCCCAGAACACAAAGGCCAAAGCAAUUGGUCCGGCGGCCCUGAGGUAAGGUUCCACGAGGGUUCCACGAAGUUCUGCGAGUGAUGAUGG